AUGGCCGAAGCUUUCGGUAUUGCUGGCAGCACUUUUGGAACAGUCUCCCUGGGACUCCAGCUAUUCAGGGAGAUAUCCCAAUAUAUCGACGACGUUGAAGGGCGGGAUGAAGAUCUUGAGCGUGGAAGAAGUUACGCACAAACUUUUCAAUCUUGCUUAACCGCGCUGGAUGCCCAGGCUUCUAAUUCAGGUAUCAGCAAUACCGAAGUUGAGAGACUGAUCAACGAAGGCCAAGCCAACUAUCUCGAAUAUGGUCAGCUUAGUAGGCUCGUCCUCAUCGAAGAUCACAACAUGGUCCAUGACUUUCUAGAGAAACAUCCAUUAUCUAUUAAUGAGAUCAAUCACCUUGGUCAGACGCCUGUACACAUCGCAGUUCAGACUCAGAAUGCAACGGUUUUGAGCAUAAUUGUGAAUCAGGCAGGUCCUACCGUACUAAACACUAAAGACAAUAAUGGGCUAUACCCAAUCGAUCAUGCGACCGACGCAGUAUGCCAUGCUCGUAAGUCUGGAAAAGUAUCGGGAUCGAAAGUCUGUAAUGGAUGCGAGGUCCUCGACGUACUGCUCCACUCUGAAUCGGCGAUUUUCACGCGUUCUGUCCAACGAGCCAUGCGGCUACCAUGGAGCCACGACAUACCCAGCUGUAUAGAAGGUCAAAAGAAUAUCAUCCGCUGUCUAGCCUCCCGAAGGAAGGAUCUGGGAAUACUAGCACAGCGUGAGCUCACUCCGUUACAGAGACAGGAUCUGAAAAUCUGCCAAGCUAGUAACCUAGAUCAGAACGCGGCCAAGACCCAGUGGUACCUCGAGACAAAUAAUUGCCAUGUUCCGAUAUAUCUGAAAGUGUACGACGACGCUGAAAGUCCUGAGGAUUCCAAAUCAAUCUAUACGCUGAUCUUCUAUGGCGAGGUUGCCGAAUGUGCCCUGCAAAACGGUUUCCUUAUGCCGACGACGGUGUUUGACGACGUUUUCCACAUAAUAGCGGAAUCGUCGAACUCUGGUUGGUUUGGUUCUCGACGUCAAGGCUUUCUGUUUUCGUCAUAUAUCUGUUGGCUAGUUGAUCAUGGGGGAGAUCUUCGGUCUAUUAUUCCGAUUGUAACGAGCCAUACAACAGCAGCACACUACUUCAUGGCCUACCUUGGUCAGACUCAACAUUCUUUCAGGCGAAGGCAUAGCGUAACUCUCUCAUCAACCGUCUCAAGCAUCAUAUUUGGCGAGGACGAUAUUGACGACUGUCGAUGCCAGUGUUCCCCCACAGGAUGCACGCCUUUAACUAAAUUCCUAGCUGUUAUAAAUUGGAAACAGACCUGGGUUUUAGACUUAGGUAUUGACAGAGCUAUUGGUUGUGUCCUUGAACACCUUGAAUAUCUAUAUGGUCUACUGGGCCAUGUUGGCUAUGACCUGCGCAAGGAACAUUGGAUUGAUAGCGCGGUUGUGCGUCACUUUACCUUUUUGAUCCUCGAUCUUCGUCACACUUGUUGCCGCUUAGGGCAUGGCCAUGGCAUGGAGCCAUCUGGUCCAUUAUCGAAUGAAGAUCGUCAAGAGAUUGAAGAAGAGGACUGCUCCCGACUAGAGUUGUUUGAACAACUGGUUAUGGAGUUUGAAAGAGAGCGUGGCAAUUAUACUGAUCUAUUCUCUUUUGGAGAAGAGUAUUGGGCUCCCAAGAUGAAGAUUGUUGAUCAAGAAAUCGGGUCUUGUGUCCUCACAGAGAGUCAAAAGCAAGCAGCCAAGGCAGUUGGGGCUGUAUUUGAAUCCUAUGGCCCACAGCUUCCGCCCAAUGGCGAAGGCCUAGAAGUAGUUUCAGAGAAAGAAGAGGUGGUAAGUGAUCUGGAGAAAGCCUUAAGGGAGCUGGAUGAAAUUGCGACGGAUCCUUUGAGACCAGGUAUUGUUUAG